UGCCCGCCCUCCGCCCGCGGGCGUCUGCGCGAGCCCGGCCGGCGGGGGAGAUGUGCUCGGGCUCCGCCGGAUCGGUUUCUCGGGGUUUGACCAGCUGUCCCGGGCUAACCCUGCUCCUCGCUGAAGAUGGAGGAAGUAAAAACAGGAUUACCCUUAGCUACAGAUCCACUGCCUUAGUUUCCACCACCAACUGCAGUGCACAAACACACGUUAGGCACAGGAAAGAAAGAAAGAGAGAGAGGGAGAGGACACACUAACAGUAAACACAAACAAAAGGGUGAUGGGAUUAUUUUACUGCAUGCACUGCUGAGCCCGACAUUGUCACCUCCUCCUUGAGGGGUUAGAAGAAGCUGGGAGCUCCCGACAGAGCUGGAAAUGGUGAUGACUGUUUUUUAAUCAGAGGACAAUUUCUUUUGUAUGUACAUUUUGUUUCUCUUUCUCCUUUUUCUUCCUUUUUCUUCCUUUUCCUUCACUGAGGGUUUAAUAACCCUUUCACUGUUGGCGCAGACUUCUUUUGCUUCUAACUGACGCUUCUUUUUAGUAUGUGUGUUAAAUGUGUACAUUUUUAAAGAGAUAGACUCAUUUGUAAGCUCUCGGUAGAAACUGCUCCCCUUUAAAACUUUCCGGGUCCCUUUCUUUCAAACCUUACGUAACCUAAUUGAAAGAAUUUGAUAAGAGUAGAGCAGGUCGGAAUUUAACUGCUAUGUAGUGACUGGGAAUUUGAUCUGAUUAUUCCAUAAAGAAAGAAAGAAAAGUUUUUGGGGGGCGGGAGGGGGGUAGGGAGGCUGGUGGUGAAGGGGAGGGGAGGGAGAAGGGAAGUGGUUUUGGAGACAAGAAGUGAAGCUGCCUGUUUUCCAGUAAGUAAUGGAGAAAUUCCAGGAGCUAGGGCUAAAUAUACUUGGCGAUCAAUACAGAAAUGGCUCAUUGUGAAUAAUUUAGCUGCUGGUGCUUUGAGAGUUUUGAAACUAAAGGCAAAAAGGACCUGGGCCAAAGGGGGGAAAAAUAAGUAAAAAUCUUUUUCAGGACUUGUCAAUUCUGUAACUUUUUCCCUCAAAGAAUACAGUUAGAUUAUCGAUCUUCUUAUGAUGUGAAUCAAAGCUAGGGGGUGUUGUCUCAUGCAAUUUACUUUUGUUUCUGGGGAUACAAAAGUAUUUGUGUUAUUGAUGCAUGAAAAUCAUUCCUCACACUUGGGGAGAGGAAAAUCCUCCCCUCCCCUCGUGCACAGCCAAAAGUUUCUGACUUGUUGGAACUCCGAAUGUCUCAAGUAGGCUUGGCAUUGUCUCCGGCCAUAGUCUGGCAGGAAAUUAGGCACUGCACUUUGACUAUGGAAACAGACGCAAUUGAUGGCUAUAUAACAUGUGACAAUGAGCUUUCACCCGAAGGGGAACACGCCAAUAUGGCCAUUGACCUCACCUCAAGCACACCCAAUGGACAGCACGCCUCGCCAAGUCACAUGACAAGCACAAAUUCUGUAAAGCUGGAAAUGCAGAGUGAUGAAGAGUGUGACAGGCAGCCCCUGAGCCGUGAGGAUGAGAUCAGGGGCCACGAUGAGGGGAGCAGCCUAGAAGAACCCCUAAUUGAGAGCAGCGAGGUGGCCGACAACAGGAAAGUCCAGGACCUUCAAGGCGAGGGAGGAAUCCGGCUUCCGAAUGGUAAACUGAAAUGUGACGUCUGUGGCAUGGUUUGCAUUGGGCCCAAUGUGCUUAUGGUACAUAAAAGGAGUCACACUGGUGAGCGGCCCUUCCACUGUAACCAGUGCGGAGCUUCUUUUACCCAGAAGGGCAACCUUCUGAGACACAUAAAGUUACACUCUGGAGAGAAGCCCUUCAAAUGUCCUUUCUGUAGCUAUGCUUGUAGAAGAAGGGACGCUCUCACAGGACACCUCAGGACCCAUUCUGUGGGUAAACCUCACAAGUGUAACUACUGUGGCCGAAGCUACAAGCAGCGCAGCUCACUGGAGGAACACAAGGAACGCUGUCACAACUAUCUCCAGAAUGUCAGCAUGGAGGCUGCCGGGCAGGUCAUGAGUCACCAUGUACCGCCUAUGGAAGAUUGUAAGGAACAAGAGCCUAUCAUGGACAACAAUAUUUCUCUGGUGCCUUUUGAGAGACCUGCUGUCAUAGAGAAGCUCACGGCAAAUAUGGGAAAGCGCAAAAGCUCCACUCCUCAGAAGUUUGUGGGGGAAAAGCUUAUGCGAUUCAGCUACCCAGAUAUUCAUUUUGAUAUGAACUUAACAUAUGAGAAGGAGGCUGAGCUGAUGCAGUCUCAUAUGAUGGACCAAGCCAUCAACAAUGCAAUCACCUACCUUGGAGCUGAGGCCCUUCACCCUCUGAUGCAGCAUGCACCAAGCACAAUCGCUGAGGUGGCCCCAGUUAUAAGCUCAGCUUAUUCUCAGGUCUAUCAUCCAAACAGGAUAGAAAGACCCAUUAGCAGGGAAACAUCUGAUAGUCACGAAAACAACAUGGAUGGCCCCAUCUCUCUCAUCAGACCAAAGAGUCGACCCCAGGAAAGAGAGGCCUCGCCCAGCAAUAGCUGCCUCGAUUCUACUGACUCAGAAAGUAGCCAUGAUGACCGCCAGUCCUACCAAGGAAACCCUGCCUUAAAUCCCAAGAGGAAACAAAGCCCAGCUUACAUGAAGGAGGAUGUCAAGGCUUUGGAUGCUACCAAGGCCCCCAAGGGCUCUCUGAAGGACAUCUAUAAGGUUUUCAAUGGAGAAGGAGAACAGAUAAGGGCCUUCAAGUGUGAGCACUGCCGAGUCCUUUUUCUAGACCAUGUCAUGUACACCAUUCACAUGGGUUGCCAUGGCUACCGGGACCCACUGGAAUGCAACAUCUGUGGCUACAGAAGCCAGGACCGCUACGAAUUUUCAUCACACAUUGUUCGAGGGGAGCACACAUUCCACUAGGCCUUUUCAUUCCAAAGGGGACCCCUAUGAAGAACUGCACAUGAAGAAAUACUGCACUUACAGUCCCACCUUCCCUCGGAUGGCGACAUGCUGUCUUCUGGAUGCUGUCACUGUCUAUAAUUCUUAUUUUGUGGACAAAAUGUCAUUUGCUCUGCCUAACUACAAUGAGGAAGAAACAAAAGAAAAGGGAUGGGAUGUUCAAUGAUAACUUGGCUUGUUUAUUUCGUGAGCAUUUAAAGCAGUUCAUUGCAGCCAUGCAUCCUUGUUAAGGCCUAUCAUAAUUUAGGAGAUCAUUCAGUUCAUAGAGGUUCAUCCAAGAGAUUCUGAUCUGCCAUUCAUAUUCAGGAUUGUGAUAGAAGGCAGGAAAGUUGAGAGUUUUCUGGGUAGGAUGCUUGGCAAUUUAAAAUGGUCUAAGUCAUUUUACUCUCAAAGAAGUUUCAAAAUGUAAACCGAUUUUAUUUUCUGUUCGUUAGAGAUCAUGGAACACAAAAACAAUGUUAUUUUCCAUAACUACUAGGAUGAGUUGAAUUGUUGUGGGUUCUGUGUUUACCUCCCCUACGGAAUUUAUAAUUGAGUAUGUUUUACACUGUAUCAUAUAGCAAAAAUUUUAAACUACAGGUAGUCAAGGGCCGCUACGAUACAUCUGAGGUCCUUUGAUCUUAUUUUUCUAAACUUGGCGCACUGUUUUUCCAUAGUUUUGAUGACUGGCAUUUUAUAGACACCCUGGCAGCCUUACUUUUAACACCUGUAACAAAUAGUAUUUUUUAUGUAGUUUUCAGAAUAACAUAUGGUCUCAAGAGUGGGUAAGAGGCAGUCAGUAAUUUCCAGGAAGAAUUCUGCUUUUCACAAUUUGAGAUUUUUUUUUAAGCUGUAAUAUGAUGGCAGCUUAGUAUACAUGUUUGCUUCUAAAGGUGUGUUUACGAUCGUCACUUUAUCAGCAUUCAAUCAGUGUUAACAAGUCAGCAGAAAAGUGUAAUUAGGCGAACAGUAGGGGGAAUUCCCACUCUAAGAACCCUUUUCUGGUAUUUCUCUUCAAGCUGUGACCACUCAGUGUUCUGUCCACAGUCCAUUCCUCUUUGACUCUUGGAAUAGAAGGUCUUAAAAAGCCUUGCUAGCAGUUGCUUCUUUUAAAAUCUUGGAGCAACUGUUAAUUGGACCUGAAAGUGGUAACUUGAACCCUGGAAGGUCUUUUAUUUACUAGGGCUAUUUAUUCCACUAUUUCUUCAGUAAUAAGAGUUACUACCUUUGCUGGAGACAAAAGGGAACUUCUUUGUUACCUGAAUAACAUAGUGCAGGUCAAACAAACAAGCAAAAAGUUUUCUUUCAGCCUUCCCGGAGUUGAGAAUGUGACCAUCUUUAGGAGAAGGUCCCGCACUUUAAAAAUAAAAACAAAAAAUCCAACUCUAGAGUUCCUUAUCAGAAAUGAAUCUCAACCCCUUAGUCAAGAAUUUUCUGUCGUCUCUUAAUUUGCACGUGAGAAAUACUUCCAUAUCUCAUGCUCAGGUUUUAAUCUGAUCUUUGUGAGUUCUCAAUUGUUUUUUUUUUUUUUUUUCUUUUUCUUUUCUGAACUUGACUUGCAUUUGUGGGUAGGAUUGGAGCACACUGUUAUCAAGGCAUUCGGGGGAAUCAACUUGGCAGACAUAACUUGCUGCUUGUGUUUGAGGAAAACAAACCUGACCAUAACUGGAUUAUUUGACAGUCAUUUGUAAAUGCUGAGAGGUCUGCUGUGUGGUAACACAUCGCUGCUCCAACAGUCCCUUGAGUGACAUGCCCAAACCAUGUCACUGCACUUUGCCUUGGGAAGUACCACGACUGGAGAAGUACCCACGGAUGAGCAGUGUGCUCCGAACUCGCUUUGCAGGUUUCUGUCUGAUCAUUUAAGGAACUUCUUAGCUCUUCCAUAGCCAGAGCGAGGUAGUUCUGACUUGCCUCUUUUACUAAUCCUUAUCUUAGUUCUUUCUGGAGAAAUAUCCAACUGGUUCCUUAACAUGUAAGAGAAUGCACCAAACCAGAGCUAUAUCAAAUGCCAAUUGUUGGUUUUGUUUUUUUUUUUUUGGCGGGGGGGGGGGGGGGGGUUGUAUCCCUUGGUACAUUUUAAAAACAUAGCUUCCUCGGGGAUGAAACAUCUCAUCAUGCCUUCCCUAUCCCCACUUACCCUACACACUCUGGAAUCACAGUGAAAAGGAUAUUUAUUUCUGAAUGAGGUAAAUAAGUUUAAGGCUCCUGACUUCUUUGUUUUAACUGCAACUUGAGGAAGCAUCUGGAUGUCUGUCAGUGUGUCCCUUUCGGCUCUUUGUGAACACCUGCAGGCAUCUGCUAUCUCUUCCUUCUCUCUGCUAGCACCUGCUCUAUUAACAAUCAUGUACCUACCUGCCCUGGGAUGACACUGAAUUUAGGUGUACUGGAAGAGUUGUGUCCUUCCCCUACGAAGGUGGUACCGAUGUGCUCUGCCUUUCUGAUCCCAUUUUAUUGGAAAACCUGAUGUACUCAAAGGCGUGAACUAUAAGGGUAGAUUGGCUGUACAUAUGCACUUAGCCUUUUCUUUCUUUUUCAGCUGCAUGGCACAAGAUACAGAAAAAAAAGUAGAUAGCUCUGCUGUGACAGGGACAAAUGGGGACAAGCUGAAUUCAAGAUUUGUGGGUUACGAUAAACUUUGUGGACAUAGUGCUGUCUGAGGGACCCUCAAUGACUGUAUUUGCCUCUUUUUCACCAAAGAGAAUAGGAGACAUGGUAGCACCUAAAAAUAGGUAUGAAGGCCAGAUACCAAAUAAAUCAAAUUUACAUAACCGUUACAAGACCAGUUUAUUUAGGUGACAUUUUACAGUUGAGAGAGAAUUUGAGGGGCACGAAAAUGGGUUAUCCUCUGUGUUUUCCAGUUUGUCAGGAAUUUAUCAGAUGGCUCUGCCCUAAUUUUGCCCAGAUUUUUUUUUUUUUAUCACCAGUUCCUUCUGGAGAAACAUGCUGCGUCUCUAUAGUAGUGAUUGAUUGCUUGUUAUAAAGGCUUUUUAGAACAGUGAGAGCCGCCAGCCCAAUGAGCGGUAGAGGGAAGUGUGAAACACUGUCAUUCAAACAUUCCGUUAAUAAUUCUCUGGAUAAAAUGGGGAUGUGAGGGCCAACCAUUAAGAUUUAGAAUGAAGUUGGCUGCCUGGCUGGCAUACAUACAGGUCAGUGUUUGAAUGCAGUACAGUUUGCAUGCACAUGCAUAUUGCACAUUCUUUUAAUGAAAAUUCACAGAAAAGAAGCAAUUAGCAUUGCCAGUUGUAUUACAAAAGCUUAGAGUUAGAAGUACAGUACAGUUACUACGCCAGCAGUUGGGUCUAAUUCAGCAGGUUGUAUUAAGAAAGCCCCAUGUUGUCAGUGUGUCUUUAAGGCUAAUGGCAAUUUAAAUCACAAAUCUCCAUUGUCUGCAUCCAGAAAAACAAACAAAGCAAGGCAAAAAACAAUGAAACAAUGAAAAGAUAUUGAGUUGACUGGAGAAUAUUUGAAGAAAUAUAGAUUUUUUUUGUGAGAGGAAGAAGUUGCAGGAAGUAAUUUAGCAACCUUGGCUUGUGUUUGUGCUUCUCUGACCCAGUUGCACACCUCACAAGUUUGGUCUUUCCAAACCUUCAUCUUCUCUCCUAAAUGACAAGUUAGGGUAGAAAGAUUCAUGGAAGAGGCUGGAGAGGACAAGGAGAGCUGUCUGCCCCUAGAUUCAGGACUGCGCCUUACACUGUCCAAGUCACCUGCCACAUACUGUCUUAGCCUUGAAAUUGUAGAUUGGUGGUGAUCGUCAGUUGUACUUCAUGUUAUUUUAAUAACUACUGUCUGUAUAAUUAUUCUACAGCAAAAGCUCCCCCAAAUCCAAAAGGGGAAAAAAGUGAGGGAUGAAUUGAAACUUUGUAUAUAUAAAAGUUAUUUUAUAAAUGUUUUAGUCUUCCAGUUUCUGCAAAAUAAUUAAAAUAUACAGUAACUGGUCUCUUAAACCCUGAACUUAAUGUAUUAAAUACUUAUAAAAUUUUAUAUUGGUGCCUUUUAAAAAUGCAUUGAGAGUGUUGGUUAGCUCUUUAGCUCUACCACACUUUUACUGUGUAUUUUUUAAGAAAAAAAAAAAUCACAUAAAAUCUAAGUACUCUCUAAUUCACCUUUGUGUUCUUAGAAGAAGAAGAAAAAAACUGCUAAAAGAAUUUCCAGACUUUUAGCUGAGCUGGCAAAAGUGACAAAAAAAAAAAAAAAAAAAACAAACUUUGAAACCAGAUUUUAAUCUUUUUAGCUUGAUGAUAUUUCUGGACAUUAUUCUAUGGUAGAGGCAAAAUAGAAGGUAGACUCACAUAUCAGCAAUGAAUUGGAUUAUGCUAUAUGUUUUGAUUUCUUCUUGAGGAAGAAUAUGUUUUGCAUCACACAGGGGUUUCUUUGUAUAAUUUGGAGUCAGUAAUUACAGUAUUGCUUUGCUUUGUUUUAAAUACCCGACUGAUGUUACUCUAGUCUUGGGUCUUCUGUCUCUUCUGUCUUCUAACCUGUGGUUGUUUUGUGAAAUGGCGUGGGAAUGCAGAUCAUUGUCUCCUCUUGAACAAGACAAAGCUCAGCACACUAGUCCCGUGACUGGUCUCCAAAAUGUCAUCUCAGAUGUGUAGUCUGGGGUCGUCUGUCACUUCUAAGGGGUGUCUUCAACUAUGACAGCUUUUUAAAAACGAGCUGCUGGCUGGGUAAAGCAGACAUCAUAUGACCAAGAAGCUGUGAUACGCUAGUGUUUCCUUCUGUCAUCGUGUUGUACUCUUAGGCCAAAUAAUGACACCUUGACUGUUUUUACAUUUACUACAGAAACCUAAACUUUUGGAAUUUUCAAAGGUUUUUAUGUAAUGUUCUAUUUCACAGCGGUUUCCUUUUCUCUUGCUGUACUGAGUCUGUGAGUAUUUUUUUUUUCAGAUGCACUCUUGGAAAUAAGUUCUGAAUUCUGUUUAUGGCGUUUCUCUCGCUUGACACUCCGUGUAUAGAUGUUCUGUAUAAGUUUGUUAUGAAUCCACCUUUCUCAUGUAUGGACAGUGAGAAGUACAUGAACAACUAGUUUCCUAAGAUGACUUUUAUAUUAUGAAUUAAUAUGAAAUUUACAGGUCAUGUGCACCUUAAGUGCAGAAUCAAAACUUCCUAUAGGUCCACAUAAGCAGUUCUCAGUGAACCGGGCCUUCAGUUUACCUCAAGUGACAUGUAGUAAGGAAAGCCCGGGAACAUGGAGGUCACUCUCUGCAGCACAGUGCACUUAGUAGCAUGUUGCUGAAUCUCAGUUACAGAAAAUGGAUAUUUAAAGGAACACACUGGAAGGAUGCAAGGGAUUGAGGGACUGCUGAUAUUUUCGUUGUUGCUGUUGCUUUGUGCUUUUCAAAAAGUUGUUCAAAUUAUGGAACUGUGAUCUAAAAACGGUUUGACAGUGGAGCACCAGAGAGGAUGUCCACCACUCACUUGCCCUUCGGUACGACUAAGCUCUGAGUUUGCGUCUUCAACUCUACCUUCCUCUCCCCUCCUCAUCCCUACUCUGUCUGUGGCCCUCCUCUCGGUGUCAUUUCCUCUUGGUGGCUCUCUUGACACUCCUACUAGUUAGGAGGUCAACUCUGAACUUCUGACUCAUUAAAUCUUAAUUUUUGUCUCAGUGGUUUUAGUUAGCUGUGUAGUCUGCUGGCGUAUUUUUAUACCCACGUGUAGUUUUAUAUUUUUAAAGCGUGGUUGAGUUGACAUGGUGCACUCCGUAGUCCUUAUUUUGCUUCACUCUCAAGUAGGAGGCACCUAACGUGACUCCAGAAAUUCUGUAAUCAGAGUAUCCGUCUGGCUCCUUUGUGCUUGGAUUUUGAUUUGUUUGGCUUUCUUCUUAAAUACAAAUCAUACAAGAGUAGACUUUCCCCCCACCAUAGAGGAUAAAAAUGUAAAGCAAAGAGUCUUAACUUUCUCCCAACCGGGGGGCGGGGCGAGUGCUGUCCCACUUCUGCAGUGAUGUUCCAGGCUCAGAGGGGUCUCCAGACCCCAGGCUUGCCUGUCAUCGGGUCUCUUCGACCCUGUUAUUUGCAGCUUUGGGAUGGUUUCUUUUGCUAUGGAGUUUAACAGCUCUUCUUUUUUCCAUAAAAGUGCAAUACCCCUCUUGAAGUCUUAAAAACUAUGGUAAUUUUCUUCUUUUCUUUCUCUGACAUUUGUCUCAUUAGCCAAUGAUGAAAAGAAAUCUUUGGAAAUUCUAACAUGUCAUAGGACAUAGGCAAAUAUGGAAACCACUCUGCUAUGAAAAGUUGAAAAAAAAAACGUAUUAACAAACGACUCCUCUGACUUUCUAGAAACUUCGUUUAGACUAAAUUUUCUUUGAAAUCAUGAAUGAAAGUUUAUCCUGAGGCUGAAAUAUAAUUUUUCUCCCACUCUUGUCUAAUGCUCUUAAGUUAAAUAACUAAUAUUUAAUGUUUUCAUUUCUCUCAUUUUGGAAAAUAAAUAUCAAAGCACUUAGGUCAGGUUUAAAUCAAUAUUACCUGUUGGAAAAAAAUUUUUUUACAUAUUUAAAGCAGACCUGUUUCAAUGCAGAUGGAGAAGUAUCUUUUGUAUUAUUCAUAUUUAUAUGUAGUGUGUUCUUUUCUUUUUUUAAUACCUGUGUUUCUGUAGUAAGACUGCUGUAAUGUAAAUACACGUUUUAUUAAAAAGUAACAUUUCUUUGGCAUUUCUUUUGAUGGCACAUACUGUAUUUUUACAGUAUAUGUCUUGGCUACUUAACUUUUUUUUCUUUAAUAAUACCAAAGGUAAUUAGACUAUUUUAAGGACUAAUUGCUUGACAGUUUCUAGACUACUUUGAUUUUUUUAGAAGAAAAAAGAAAAAAGGAUAAAAAAAAGUCAAACCAGUGAACCUCAUUUUUUCAAACUAAUAAUUUGGGGAAAUAAAAACUAUUGUUUAAAAAGAAAUAUAUAUAAAUAUAUAUAUAAAUAUCUGUAAAAUUAAAAUCCCAGACCUUGUAUGUCAGGUUUGCUCAGUGUAAUGUAGGGUUUUUUUUUGUUUUGUUUUUGUUUUUGUUUUUAAAGGCUCAAAUACCUCAGAAAAUGGGGUUUACUAUGGAAAUACUGCGACAGUCUCUGCAGCUGUGUGAGCUGUCAUUCUGCUGCAUACUGAUUGGGAGACCUCCACUAAACAGUUUUAUCACUGCAGACUAAAAUGUGGGACUUGUAUUUUCUUUGUUUUUAAUGCACACACGUGCAUGCUCUGUGCGUGUAUGUGGGUACCGUGUAUAUGUGUGUGAGUGUUGUAUAUGCAUGUGUGAAUGUGUGUGUGUGUGCGUGCUUGUGUGUGUGUGUGCGUGCUUGUGUGUGUGUGUGUGUGUGUGUGUGUGUGUACAACUGAAGAAGCUGCAAAAACUUUGUAAUACUUUGUGAAAGGGUUAUAUUAUAAAGGUUUGUACUGUCUGAGUGCACAGCUACUGGAAUAAACUUAGCCAAUCUCAGGAACAAGCA